UCUCCUUCCCCUGUUCUUCCCCCCUCCCCUCUUCCUCACAACAUCAUGUGCAACUCCAAGAUCGACGGCAGACCGGUCCUCCAGCCAGCCAUCAACAGCUUCUCAGCCGCACUUGACCCACCCAAGUCCAUGAAGAAGCCGUCUUCUCCACCGGCGAUGGCAGUGCUGAAGAGGGGGAAUGAUACCGAUGGGCUUAAUUCAAGUGGCGAGAAGCCGCCAACGCCAAGGUCGGCAGCGGCAAAGCCGCCUAUCGUAGUGAGGAAGAAGUCGAAGAAAGUGUUUGCCGGGGGGCUUCCCGGUUUGGAACCUGCCGCUUUGACGGCGGCUGCCACGACAGCCGGAAGCAUUGCGGCGGCGCAGAGGGAGCAGGCGUCUCUGAUUCAACAGCAGAGAAAAUUGCGGAUUGCGCAUUAUGGAAAGAUGGAGGCAAAGCUUCAGAAUAAAUCGGUGGCCGUUCAUUCAGGGAAUAAUGGAGGGGUGAAUCAGGAGGAGAAGAGAUGCACUUUUAUUACAUCUAAUUCAGAUCCUUUCUAUGUGGCUUACCAUGAUGAGGAAUGGGGUGUUCCUGUUCAUGAUGACAAAAUUUUAUUCGAGUUGUUAGUGCUGUGUGGAUUUCAAGUGGGACUGGAUUGGACCACCAUACUGAAGAGGAGGAAGGAAUACAGUGAAGCUUUUGCUGGAUUUGAAGCAGAGGUGGUGGCAAAAUUCACAGAGAGGCAGAUGAGCUCCAUCUGCUCAGAGUAUGGAAUAGAGCAGGGGAGGGUUCGAGCUGUUGUAGACAAUGCUAACAGAAUUCUUCAGAUUACCAAGGACUUCAGCUCUCUUGACAAAUAUUUCUGGAGCUUUGUCAACUACAGGCCACUCAACCCAAACUACAAAACCUGCAGGAAAAUCCCAGCCAAGACUUCCAAGUCAGAGUCCAUAAGCAAAGACCUCGUCCGCCGUGGCUUCCGCUCCGUCGGUCCGACAGUCGUUCAUUCCUUCAUGCAAGCCGCCGGCCUAACCAACGACCACCUCCUCUCCUGCCCUCGCCACCACCAUCUCCUAUCCUUGCACUGAAACCCCAAAUCUCCUUAUGAUCAUUAAUUGGCUUCUUUACUAUGACUGCAUAGCUUUGGUUGCUUUCCUUUAGUUUGUGAUGACUUUAGGAUUAGAUUUAAUUUGAGUUUGCAUGUGGCGAUAUAAGUCUUAAGGAAGCUUCAAAGUCAUAAGAUUUACGUCGAGAUUAGUGUUAUAUACAAUAUUUUAAGUUAUACUAAUUUUAAUCUAAAUGGGAUGAUUUUGAAGUUGAUAUAUCACUUUUGCAUCAAUACCCUGACAAAAUUUUUUGAAAGCAGAACAGUGAGCAUGUGAGAUACCAGGCAGCUGCAUGUGUUGUGUGCAGGCUUGGCCUUUUUCCAUGUGACCUCAGAAGGCCUUCAUUAUUAUUCCUUAGCCCCACCAAUCUCUUUCAUUUUUCUCAUCUUCUCUCUACUUUCUUAAACUUUUUCUUGUGGUUAGUUAACUGGCCAGCUUCUAGGUCUUUUUAACAAAAGCUUUCUUCUAAUGGAGAAAUUAUUUCGUGCGAAGUUCGGAUAUUAAAGAACAGUCCGGAUGUGAGUGUACAUAGUGUUUGUACACUGUGUAAAAAAAAACCAAACUAUGUACAAAAUUAUACUCAGUGUAAAUACUAUGUAUACUUACAUCCGUACGGUUCUUUACCGUCUGGACUCCGCACAGCAUAAUUUC